CAAUAAGCACCUCGCCGCCUCUCCAGCUGCGCCUCUCCCUUCGCCGCUGUCCGAUGUGGAUGGUGACGCUACUCUCGACGCUCGGGUACGGCGUCGCGCGCGGUGCGCUGCCGCGCGGCCCGGCGGCCGCCGCCGUCCGCGGCCUCGCGCGCGGACGCGGCUCUCGCAUGUGCGCCGCAGCCGGCUCGGAGCCGGGUGCACGCACGCGCUUCGCGCCGUCUCCGACGGGGUCGCUGCACGUCGGCGGCGCGAGGACCGCGCUCUAUUCGUGGCUGUGGGCGCGGCAGAAUGGCGGCCAGUUCCUCCUCCGCGUCGAGGACACGGACACCGCCCGCUCGACGCGCGAGUCAGAGGACGAGGUGCUGGCUGACCUCGCGUGGCUGGGGCUGGUGCACGACGAGGGCCCGACGGCGGGCGGGCCGCACGGGCCGUACCGCCAGUCCGAGCGGAUGCAGGGCGGCCUCUACCAGGAGCUCGCGCAGAAGCUCCUCGACUCGGGCGCCGCGUACCGCUGCUUUUGCACGCCGGAGGAGCUCGAUGCGAAGCGGGCGGCAGCGGAGGCGGCGGGCGAGAACCCGCAGUACGAUGGGACGUGGCGCGACGCGGACCCGGCCGAGGUGCAGCGCCGGCUCGACGCGGGCGAGCCGUACACCGUCCGCUUCCGCGUCCCAGACGGGAAGGUGGUCGGGAUCGAGGACGCGGUGCGCGGCCGGGUGGAGUGGGACGUGCAGGCGACGGUGGGAGACUUCAUCCUGCUGCGCAGCGGGGGGAUGCCGGUGUACAACUUUUGCGUCGCCGUCGACGACGCCGACAUGAAGGUCUCGACUGUCAUCCGAGCCGAGGAGCACCUGACAAACACGGUUCGCCAGGUCCUCAUCCUCGAGGCGCUCGGCUUCCCGCUGCCGCGUUUCGCCCACCUCUCCCUCGUCCUCGGCGAGGGGCCGGCCCGAGCUCUCCCGGGCGGCCAGCUGCGAGCUCACCAGUCACGUGGAGUCUUUGACCUCAAGAAGCUCAACUGGAUCAACGGCCAGCACCUGCGCGCGCUGGCCGAGGAGGAGCGCGCCGCGCUUGUCGGGCGCCACCUCGCCGAGGCGGGCGUCGCGAUGGCGGCGGACUCGCCCUUCUCGCUCUCCGCCUCGCGGAUGGUCGCCGAGAAGAUCGAGCUCGUCAACGACGCCUCGCCGCUCGUGCGCGACGCGCUCGCCUACCCGCUCGCGGACUCGCUCGCUUCCAGCGGCGCGCAGAAGCUGGCCGACGAGCUGCGCCGGGUGGGCGGCGCGCUCGUCGCGGCGCACCGCGAGGGCGUCCUCCCCGACGGCGCCUCGCCCGACUUCGAGGCGGAGUGGAAGAGCGCCGUCAAGUCGUUCGGCAAGGAGCUCGGCCUCAAGGGGAAGAGCCUCUUCAUGCCGCUCCGCCUCGCCGUCACGGGUCGCAUGGCGGGGCCCGACGUGGGCGCGCAGCUGCAGCUCCUCGCCCUCGCGCCCGACGGCGCCAAGUGCGAGAGCGUGCCGCUCGACGCGCGCAUGGCGCAGCUCGAGGCGGCGCUCGCAGACAUGCCCGUCCCUGUCGAGGCCUGAAGGGGAGGUAUGGCGCUGAGAUCACGGUAUACGUCAGUAGCUAGCACAAUGGGGGGACGAAGGGUUGAGAAGGGAGUGCCGGGCGGGAUGUGGUCUUUUGGUGUGGCGUUCAACGUCAAGUUGGGCGCGAAGAUACGGGGCACUCGCUUGCUUUUUUUUCGCUCCAGUCCUGCGGAUCUUC